CCCGUCCGAUGUCUUCAUAGGCUGCUCGAAUACUCGUUCAUCUAUCCUUGUUCUUCCCCACGGAUUGUGUGCAUAUAUCGCAAUCUGUCGCGUGCGCCAUCUUUACUGCUUCCACGCCGUUUCUCACGUCUUUUUAUAACGACGAAACUCAGGAUCCGGCUUCCAGACUUAUUCCCGUUGAUAUAAAAGAUACAUAUUAACCAUGGCUUUGCCAAUGGUCUUCAUCUCGCCUCCGGCAUCAUCCCUUUUCCAAUUCCCGCCGCAUUCCGAACCCCAGACCAUACCCCCUCCACACUUCGAAUUCCCCUUCACUAUUCCCGAUGGUCUUUACGUCAGGGCAUUGGACCCCAAGGUCCCAAUCACCAUUGCUGCCAUUUACGCAGUCACAGCCAAGGCUCUGAAUGUGUACAACAGGUCUACCGACAGGAGACCUUGGGCCAUCAGCAAAACUAAGGCAUUCCACGCCUUUGUUGUGUUACACAAUGUCUUCCUCGCCGUGUAUUCCGCGUGGACGUGGUUCGGCAUGCUCAACGCCCUCCGGAAUACGAUUGUGGGCCCGGCCGGACCCGAGGGUUGGGCCGGUACAGUCGAUAGCUUUUGCAAAUUCCACGGACCUCCCGGUCUAGGUAACGCAAUUAGCUACAGCCAAAGCCAAGGAACUUGGGAGUCGAUAACAGGCACCCCUUCCUUGACAUCCGAAGGCUCCCCAAGCCGUGCCGAUACCGGACGACUAUGGAACGAAGGUCUCGCUUUCUAUGGUUGGCUCUUCUACGUCAGCAAGUUUUACGAGGUUAUCGACACACUUAUCAUCCUUGCUAAGGGCAAGUUCAGCUCCACGCUUCAAACCUAUCACCAUGCUGGCGCUAUGAUGGCUAUGUGGGCUGGUAUGCGAUAUAUGGCGACACCUAUUUGGAUUUUCGUUUUCUUUAACUCGGCUAUCCACGCUCUUAUGUACACCUACUUCACCGUCACCGCCUUCAACAUCCGCGUACCCACAAUAAUCAAGCGCUCUCUCACCUCGCUCCAAAUCUCCCAAUUCAUCAUCGGCGCAUCCUGCGCCAUGAUCCACUCCUUUAUCUCCUACUUAGUACCAAUCCAAGUCAAAGUCUCCCCCGCCGAGGCCACCGCCGCCGUCUCCGCUGCCGCAAGUGCCUCCCCCCUUGCCACAAAUUUCUUCGACAGCUUCAAGCAAGUCGUAUUCGGUGCAGCAGAAGCCGCCGGCAUGGCCGCCGUAGUAUCCUCACCAAACACCAUCUCCACGCAACCAGGCGCAAGCUACAUCACGCGGUAUCAGAAGGUAGACUGCAUAACCACGUCCGGCGCCACCUUCGCCAUCUGGCUGAACGUCAUUUACCUCGCCCCUCUCACCUACCUCUUUGUAUCGUUCUUUAUUGCAAGCUACCUCCGUCGUAGCAAGGCCGAGGUCGUGCGUGCUAAGAGUAACCCCGACCGACGCAGGAGCAACGUCAUGUUGGCUGAGAAGGCAAGUUGGGAUGCCGCGAAGGGUAUUGAGCGGGAAGUUUAUGGUGAGAGCAAGGACGGUGCUACUGUAAUUGAGGAUAGUGACGACUCGAGUAACAACGACAGGCUCCACCCGUCAUCGGCUGCCCGGGUUAACGGCCAUGUGAACGGGAAGGCGAACGGAAAGAAGCAUUAAGAGUGAACGCGACAGGAGCGUUCUACGGAACUGACGAGUUGAAGUCGAGUUUGAAGUCGCGACGCGACUAUUAAUAUACUAUCUACAACAAGGUAGAUAGAUCACAGCGACUAACGCCGUUUUAAUUAGAUGUUCUUCGGAGUUUGAGAAGGAAAAUGGGAUCAAACGAAUUGCAUGGUUGCUAUGAGGGGGGGAAAUAAUGUGGGCGGCCAUGAGACAAAGCCC